UAGCAUAGUAAUAUAACAACUUGUUCCUUCCCCGUUCAUGUUCCCCUUACAGAUUGAUUAUGACCGGGAAUUACAAUCACAAAAAUGAAAAUCUUAUUGCCUUCCUGGAGGAGGGUAUAAUCAUGAACAUUCUUCUGAGAUUACCAACUGCUGUGUGUAUUGCUCGUUUUCGUUGCGUUUGUAGAUCAUGGCGGAUUCUCCUUUCAGAUCCCCAAUUCAUCUACAAAAUCAUAUUUUUCCAAAAUCUAAGUGAUCUAAAAACUCUUCGGAUCCUAUUCACGGGGGCUGAAGAAGAAGCCUUUGCUGAUUCACAUGUCAUCUAUUACUCCUUGCACUCCUACGACACCCUUCGCCCCAUUUCUGCAGGCAGUAAUAUUGUUAGGGAAAUGCCCUCCUUCCCCUACAAGCCUCGCCAUUCUUCUACAAUGUUCAGCCCAAGGAUCAUUGGGUGUUGCGAUGGCAUAUUUUGUAUUAACGAAUGGGUUGACAACAAUAUGACAGAUAUCAUUCUCUGGAAUCCGGAAACUUGUGAGAUCAAGUGCCUACCGGUUUGUCUUUCCCUUUGUCCUUUCCCUAAUGGUCUUGAAAUUGCGGAAGAGAUCAUCGGCUUUGGUUUCGAUCCUCAAACAACCGACUACAAAGUUGUUCGGAGCGUGAGGUUUGUGCCCUACAUUGAAACAUACAAUGAUUGUGGAGGUAUUCGUACUGAGAGAUCUUAUAAAGUCAAUGAUCCACCGUUUACUUAUACAGAGGUAUACAGCCUCAAGAACGAUUCGUGGAAGAGAGUACCUGAUGCAUCUGAGGACAUUAUGUUUAUGAAAUACAUUCCUCAACGGGAUGCAUCUCGAAAUGAGAGAUGUUACUGGUUCCUGAGAAAUAAACCAAAUUGUAGAAUCGUUUCUUUCGACAUGAGUAAGGAAGUCUUUGAAGUUACAAAACCUGAACCCAGCCUGCCUUACCCAGUUUCACGUGAUUCUUGGUUCACUACCGAAUCGUGUUAUAUGUUGAAGGAGUCAUUCGUGGCGACUCUAGCAUAUAAGGGUCGUUAUGAUGUGCCGAUGGAGGUAUGGGCAUUGUUGAAGUAUGGCAUUGUUGAAUCAUGGACUAAAUUAUUCACCUUCCAACCACCUUUCAAGAUCAGUUUUUACUUGGAAGUAUGGAAAGAGGGAACACAUAUUUGCUCCCCGCAAGUUAACAGAAUGGUUAGUGAAGAUGAUUAUGUGAUAGAUUAUGAUGGAGUGUAUAUUUUUAAUCCUACAACACAAGAAAUUGGCGACCGUCUAGACAUGCAAGGGAGAACUUGGCCAUGUGAAGCUCAUACAUACACUCCAACUCUGGUUACAUUGUCGGAUCGAUAGUAGGGUUUAUACUGCCGUAAUUUGUGAUUUUGUUAAGCAAUAAAUGUGUUAUGUUUCCUUUUUGUUGACAAAAAAAUGUUUUAAUUUGAUAAUCUAUCAUAUGAAGUGAUCAACCAUAUCUUAUUUAUUCUUAACUUCAAACCAAAUAUGGAUGUUCCUUUUUUUGACAAACUUUUACUCCUCGAAAGCUAAAAAUCCUCAAUUACUUUAAACAAACAUAACUUUGUGCUCCAAAAUCCGAACGUCAUGAACUUUUUUUUGUUUUGCAUAACUUUUUGAGGACUACAAUAUUAUUCAAAAUCAACUUAGUGCUCUUUGUUGUCAAAGGACCAAGCACUUCUUCAUCUGGGUCAUGGUUUUUGAACGUGGAAUCUGCGUCAGAUGUUGAGCUAGACGACACAUUUUUUAGGAUGUAAUCCCACCGGUGCAUAAACUAGUUGGGGAAAAUAAUGAGAGUUUUGUAAUCCCAGCAAAAACUCCACGAGUGUCGGUACGUACGGUUUUGCUUGAAGAAGGCAUUAAUCCAACCUUCAUGGUAACUCCAGUAAUUGAAGGAUUGACAGAUUUGCGGAUGGUUAAGAACAAUAGUUGCAGGGAAUUUUAGAUUGGUGUUUAGGCUAGUACUCUUCUUGCCUACUCAUCUCCUUUCCCCCGCUUCCCUGCUCAAACUCCAAAUGCCUCUCCAUGGUCCCAUCCUCCAUUCGAGCCGCCCCGUAGGAAAGGUAGCCACCUCCCCGCUCUAUCCGCCAGUCUCCUUUGCCGCACCCAGCCUGCCCGCCUCCUGGUCCGACUGGAUUCUCUUCUCUCUUUUAAUUGCUUUAGCAACCUCUGUUUCUUAUAAUGGAUGUCUAGCUUUUAAAGGCUUUUAGUUACCUAAAGAAAUGGACGCUUUUAGC